GUAGUCAUGACAACAGGAAUUCCGACAACCAUUCGCAUACGCAGAGUAGAAUUGACAGUAGGGAGGCAGAAUGGCAAAACAUAAAUACGUGAUAUAUGACGCAGGAGAUAAAGUAGAUGUUGCUUCCGAAGGGGACAUACCUCCACCAAGGGAUCUGGUUGAGCAGAUGUACUGCUCUGAACAGAUUCACAUCCCACCAACCUUUCCUUAUAUUCUGCGUCAGUACUGCAAGGCAGCUAUCCGCACACAGCCAUAUGAUCUACUCAAAUGGUCAACUGCUUAUUUCCGUGCAAUGGCAGAUGGAGAAAUACCACCCGUUAAACACCGACUUGAGUACCCACCCACUGAUGUGCCCUCAGGGCUGACACCUGGGUAUCUGAGGGUAAUACUGAGGCAGUUAAAGAGGAAAAAAGUUAUCCCAACAGAGCUGCUGUAUAAUAAGUGGGGAGGAUUAUGUCUGAACCAUAAUGCCUUGAAGGUGAUGCUGGAAAUAGGAGAGUUCACUGAUGAUGAAGUAGAUGUUUUGAAAUUUGUGGCAAUUGCAGCUGGCCAUCUCACACAUAACCUGAAACAAACAAUGAUAGUCAUAUGUGAAAUACUGACUGAAGAACCUGAAGGUGGGUCAGCUAUGAUUCCAUUCUCAACAUUUUGUGACCUUUAUACAUAUCUUGCAAAAAAAGACUGUGGGCCACCAUCUGCCCAUAAACCUGAUGUCAAGGAAACAAUUCAAGCAGAAGAGGAAUCAGAGGAAACUGAAGCUGAAGACAAAUUACACAAACAACAUGCAGAGGACAUAAUCACCGAUAUUGUAGGAACUGUUGUAUCUGUUCCAGGAGAUGAAGAACAAACAACAGAAAAUGUUACUGGAGCAGAUGUUCAAGGAGAAGGUGAGCAGGAACAGAGCCCAGAGUUAUCAGAAACAACCAUUGGUGAAAUGCAAAUGUCUGGCAGUAAAGAUCUUGAAGAUACAGCAGAAGUUCAUGAAGAGAGUGUUCACAUAACAGAAACAAAAGGAGAAAAUGGUAUGGAUAAUAUGCAUCCAGAUAAAGAAAGCAGUCCUGUAGAAGUUGAGAGGACUACUUCAGUGAAAUUUAAGGAACCGGUACAUGCAGGCAGUAUAAACACAGAGGAAGACGUUUCAUUAUUAUCUGGUGAGUCCAGUCCUGCCACAGUGCCAGAAGAAAAGAGUUCUGAACCAGAAGAAAAGAGUUCUGAACCAGAAGAAAAGAGUUCUGAACCAGAAGAAAAAAGUUCUGAAAAGAUUGCAAAAGAAACUGUUAAAGAAGUUGUACGUAGAGCAGAAGUUGCUGCUGAAGCAAAUCAAGCCGAAAUUACAGCUGCCCAAUUUGUGAUUAAGGUUAAGUCAGAAACAGUGUCAAGGAAAGUUCGUACGCAACGGAAAGCACCCAAGAAGACACUGAAACCCUCCCACAUGCAUCAUGAAGUAGCUGGCAUUGGGCCUCCAGUCUCAGAUGAACAAAUAGACAAAGUUAUUACAUAUUUGCAUUACUGGUCUGCACGACAAGAAGGAAUGAUUAUGCCACGCAACAUAAAUCAUUUCCUUUGCCCAUCACUUGAUCCUCCUCCACCUCCAGAAUUUAUAGAGGCAUCGCUACCAACGUGCAUCUGUGGCAUAGGAAAUCCAAUGGCCUCCGAGUGCCACUGCACAGCUGCUUCUGACAACUAAUCAAUUUAAAACCAUCAGUGUUUGUGGGCAUGUGCAUGCUCACCAGUAAUUGCUUCUAACAGUGCUUUUUACCAGUGAUAUUGUCAUUUCAGUACUGUAGUUCUUCAAAAGUUCUUCAACUGCUGUUUCACUAGCAAUUUUAUAGUAAAUGUGUUAAGCUUUGGUAGAUUGAUCAUAAGGGUCUGAAGCUCACCAUUGCCUUUGACUGCUGAUCAUACACCCAGCACAAUAUUGACCACAAUGCUCAUCACCUCCUACAAACUUAAGCAAAUUAUCUUUCAUUAUUUUCAAAUAAUUUACACAGUGAUUAGCUUUUUGCUAUUACAUGUACAACAAAAGAACCUAAGGUAAUAAAUAGCCUGAUAUUCAACAGAGAGUCCCUCUUUAAAAAUUUUUUGGAUGUAACUGCUUGCAGCAAAACAAUGUUUGAAUUUUACACCAAAUCACACACGUCAACAGUGUUUACCAUUUUG